AAUUAUUGUUGUUAGCAAAAUUUUCGAACUUAGUUUCCGUAAUUAGAAGAAGAGUAGUCCGCUUUCCUUAAUCAGAAAAAGGAAUAGGCCGUCCCCCAUUUGUAAACUCCUUCCGUGUUCACCUUCCCCAUCCUAUCCGUCUUAAUCGCCGUUGCCAGCGCUGCCGCCUCUCUACUAUGGUGGCGCCGCCGUAGGCAGCUCUCUCGGUUUGUUCAGCCUUCUCGUAUUUGAUCAGGUUCUCCAUUAUUGACAUAACUUAAUUCUUAAAUUGCCAUUGAAGCUUUUUUCCACUGUGCUGACGGAGAUGGCAGUGGUUCGUAUCUCUUUCAAACCCUAGAGGACCCAAAACAAGGAUUUGGCAGAAGUAGUUGCUUUUUGGAGCUACAUUGGAUGUAGGCCUUUCGAUCACUAGAAGCUUUUGGUCUCUCGCUUCAAUAACCUUCGUAAUGAACCCUAGAACACGUGGGGUACCUCGGAGGUCAAGAAACUUUCAGGAGGGGGGCUUAAACUGGAUCCUUAUUGCGGGGGGUGCUUUGCUAAGUACAUUGUCAAUUCGCCUAGGUUACAAGCUUAAGCAAGUCCUUGAUACCAAACAACUGAAUAAUAGCAGCCAAAGUUUAAAAGAUGGAAAAUCUGAUAUCUGGAAGAAGUCAGCUAGCUGCCCAUUGCACGCAGAUGGUCUUUGUUUUACCCAAGAAGAAGAUGGUUGCUACAGUGGUUAUAAUGGAUCUACGAACAUGGUAGAAAUCAAACAGCAAGACAAUGGCCAAAUGAUUACAGAACGCAAGAUGCCUCUCCCUCUUGUGAUUGUUCCCACUCCUGAGUUCAACAAAGAGAAUGGCGUCAUGUGGUCAUCGUCUCCCGAUCGACUUGAGCUGCCCCAUAAACCUUCCCACCAUUCAAACAGCUCUGAGUCACCUUGUGUUUCAGAAUCUGGUUCUUGCAUUUUCAGCAAGGGGGAGGUCAUACAAAAGCUGAGACAACAGUUAAAGAGAAGAGAUGAUAUGAUACUGGAAAUGCAGGAUCAAAUUGCAGAGCUCAAGAAUUCGCUUAGCAGUGAACUUUCACAUUCUUCCCAUCUCCAAUCUCUGCUGGAUGCUGCAAAUAGGGAUUUGUUUGAUUCAGAAAGGGAAAUUCAGAGGUUAAGAAAAGUAAUUGCAGAUCACUGUGUUGGACACAUUUACUCAGGUCAAAAGCUCACUGCAGAUCCUGUUUGGCUGGCCGAGGGGAUGAAUGGUCAUACAAAUGGGUACCCAAAAGUCGAGGGAAAAUUGGAGUCUUCAGAAAAAGGAAGAGGAGAGGUAGAUAAGAUUGAAAUGUUGAAAGGCGAAGUUAGUGAAUUGAGAGAAUUGAUUGAAGGAAAAGACUACUUGCUGCAGAGCUACAAAGAGCAGAAGUGGGAGCUCUCAGUGAAGAUCAAAGAGUUGCAGCAGCGAUUGGAUUCUCAGUUGCCAAACAUUUUGUAAGCCGAAUUCAACUUUUUGUGCUUUCUUGCAUGGCUUCCGUAGGUUAUUUCUCUGUUUUCUCAUUUCAUUUAAAUUUCUCAAUUUUGGAAAAGUUGUGUCUCA